AUGUUGCGUGUCCGUCCAAAUGGCGUUCCUCUACACCACUUGAUGGCAGAAAAGCCCGACGAAAAGGAUGAUCUACCAACGACUGUUGCGCAGCAGGCCCCAGGCCCAUCUGCGCCCUCCGCUGUUCUGGAACCAUUGGCCGUCGCGACGCCCGACACGUGCGUCAUUUGCCUCGACACCAUAACUGAGAAAGCCAUAGCCUGUCCGUGUCGACACGAUCAGUUCGACUUUCACUGUUUGGGGGCAUGGCUCCAACGUCAGCAAGUCUGUCCACUGUGCAAACGGCACGUGACCUCCAUCAGGUUCGGUGGUGUGAGCGAGGGAAACAAACUGGGAACUCGGAUCUUUCAUCUUCCCGAGCCUCCCGCUGCUACCGAGCCCGCGUCGCUGGCCUCUCGCGGGCGACGACAUGGGACCUCGACGACAUUCGAUCCGAGAUUGGGAACGGCGCCCCGUCCGAGCACAACGAGGCACAGACCUGGGAGACAGCCGGCAAGGCCAUCGCGAAACAAUCACCGUGGAUCGACGAACGAUACGGCCACCACCAUAGUCGAUUUCCGAAGACAAGUCUACCGGCAAGGACUGUACUCGUUGCACGUCGGGACCAACCGCAUAUCUCGUUACCGAAACCUCACCCCGGAAUCGUUCUCAAACGAUCAACAACUACAGUCCCGAGCACGCAAGUGGAUCCGUCGUGAAUUGGGGGUGUUUGACUUUUUGAAUGCAAACGACAAUGUCACUUCUACUCCCUCUUCCUCCGUCGUCAAUGGUGGUGGUGGUAGCAGGAAUCCAGUGACGGCAGACCGACGAGCAAACAAUGCCGACUUUUUGCUCGAGUACGUCGUUGCCAUUUUGAGAUCGAUCGAUUUGAAAGGGAGCUCCGGACAAGCCGAGGAGUUACUGAAAGAUUUCUUCGGGAGAGAGAAUGCCCGAUUGUUCCUUCACGAGCUCGAGUCUUGGUUGAGAAGUCCCUACGAACACCUCAGUGAUUGGGAUCGGGCCGUCCAAUAUCCGGUCCCGGUCGAGGUCGAAUCGGAUCAGGAAAUCAACGAGACCGCACCGAAUCGUCGUCAUCGUCGUCCUACUUCUCCACCUCCACCUCCACCGACGUCGCUUUUUGCUCCUCGAGAACGGCAGCGACGAGAGCAUCAUCAUCAACGGCGAGGUGGUCAUCAUCAUCAUCAUCAUCAUCAUCCUGCCACUUCUAGUACCGCCGGGACCGCGGGUACUUCUGCUGUCACUACCACUACCACUUCUGCUGUGCCCGAAUGGUUUUCCCGUAGGUUCGUGUUGGGGCAUCAAAGAGAGAAUCACCGGAUUCGUCCGAGUUGAGGAGGUCACCUACCUUGUUGUGUAUUAUCCAAGACCGGGUUUAUCGUACACAUUGCCCUUGAGUUUGGGUUGUUUGCCUCGCUCAUUCGGACAAUGAUACUUCGGAAUCACCAUGUCAAUAGCCCGCCGAGGUACAAAGAUCAGUGACAUUCAAGACCGCCACAAAGAGUCCUUUGAUCAGACGGCAACGAGAAGAAACAUUCUCGUCACCACAGCACUAGGCCAAAGACAGCAUCAUCGAUGCGAACAGGGCCGAGAGGAGGAUUGACCCAAUGAAAUUGAAUGGUCAUGGCAAAAUACAACUCCCUUAUGGAAUGAAACGAGAAAAAAGACUACGAGUAGAGGGAUAGGAUAAAGGGGAUACCGACAACAUUAUGAUGAACAUGAAUAUUCAAUGAGCGAUCAAUAUCUCCCAAUUCAAUUCCAAGUAAUCAUCAUUUCUCAUAAUCACCAGUAUGUGUGUGUGUAUAUAUAUGUAUAUAUAUAUGUACCAGAAAAUUGGCCAAGCUCUCAAAAUAAGAAUCA